AUGGACCCAAGAAAAUUUUAUGGAGGCGUACAUACCAUCAUUCAAAAAUUUCCUAACGGCAGCACUGAUGAAGAGCUUUCUGAUGAUGAUACCUACAGAAAACGGCCUACGAAUCGGCCACCCAUAAUAAUACCUGAAUCGGAUUCUAACACGGAUGACGACAUUCCAUUAUCAGAACUUCCCAGUACCAGUUCACGUGCUAACAGAAACGCAAAACCUAGAUGGAGGGACGGUUUUUUAGAGUAA